GACGGGCCGGGACGCGCGGAGGCGGUGGCGGAGCCUCCUCCUCCUGCUGCUGUGCCCCAUCCCCCAGCGGCCGGCCGGUUCCAGCCCGCACCCCGCGUCCGUGCCCGCACCCCCUCCCCCGGGCCCCGCCAUGGGCCUCACCGUGUCCGCGCUCUUUUCGCGGAUCUUCGGGAAGAAGCAGAUGAGGAUCCUCAUGGUUGGCUUGGAUGCAGCUGGCAAGACCACAAUCUUGUACAAACUGAAGUUGGGGGAGAUUGUCACCACCAUCCCCACCAUAGGCUUCAAUGUGGAAACAGUGGAAUACAAGAACAUUUGUUUCACAGUCUGGGACGUGGGAGGCCAGGACAAGAUUCGGCCUCUGUGGCGGCACUACUUCCAGAACACUCAGGGCCUCAUCUUCGUAGUGGACAGUAAUGACCGAGAGAGGGUCCAGGAAUCUGCUGAUGAGCUCCAGAAGAUGCUGCAGGAGGAUGAGCUGCGGGAUGCCGUGCUGCUGGUGUUUGCCAACAAGCAGGACAUGCCCAACGCCAUGCCCGUGAGCGAGCUCACUGACAAGCUGGGCCUGCAGCACUUGCGGAGCCGCACGUGGUACGUCCAGGCCACCUGUGCCACCCAAGGCACGGGUCUGUAUGAUGGGCUCGACUGGCUGUCCCACGAGCUGUCCAAGCGCUAACCCACCAGAGGCCGGCCCCUGCUGCCCGGA